GACAAGAGGGACUCUAAGAGCAACAACACCAGUAUCGACUCAAGAACGGGCAGGGAACUCUUUCAAGAUGCAUUCCAUCCUGUCUCUCGCCGCUGCGGCUGGCCUUCUUGCGACCGCUUCAGCCACCAGACUCCCCAGUGUCAAUGUGCCCUCAUGCCCUCGUGUCGGCUCAAUUAGCUACAGCAAGUCGGUGCCUGACCUGACGCCCUUCCCACGCACCCAAGUCGACCUUUGCUACACAGACAAGAGCCUCGAGCUCACAUUCAUUGCCUAUGAUGAAGUCAACUACUUCUUCAACGCCUCGCAAGGCACCAAUGACGACAUCUGGGAGUACGAAGUCAUGGAGGCCUUCAUCUACAAGGGCACCGAAGAUCCCCAGACAUACGUCGAGCUUGAGGUCAAUCCCAACAACGUCACCUACCAGGCUUUUGUCUAUAACCCUUCCAAGAAUCGUGCGGUCGGCGCGCCGUUCGACCACUUCUUCGUUUCGGAUCCCGCCACCGAUGGCUUCAGCGCCAAGACGGUUCUUAACAAGCCAGCAAAGACAUGGAAGAGCAGCGUCACCGUUCCUCUGGGCAUCUUCAAUGUUGACGUCGGCAAGGCCAGAGGCACCUCUUGGAGGAUGAACUUCUUCAGAACCGUCGUCAGCCCUGAGAUUUACCCAAACCAGAUUCUUGGUGGAUGGUCGCCGCCAGACCAAGCAAGCUUCCACAUCACCAAGUUCUUUGGAAGAGUCAACUUUGUUUGAUCUGGAGUUCACGAUUGAUGCCUGCGAUCUGUAAAGGAUAGUUACAAAACACAUGUACAUAAUGCAGCACACCGUAUUUAAUUGUUUAUGAUGAAUGACUGGAUAACAAUUGGCUUUACU